AUGGAGUCUACUGAGGUUCACCAAACUACUAUGGCUGUGGCUGACGAGCCCAUGAACGAUGCUGCCUUCAACGAUGCUAUCGACCAAGACGCCAUGGAUAUCGUUCCCAAGACUGAAGAAGAGUACUCUCAGUCGAUGCUCACUCUGCGUGCCAUCGUCUCAUCCAAGGAGGCCGGUGUCAUCAUCGGCAAGGCCGGUAAGAACGUCGCUGACCUCCGCGACGAGACCGGCGUCAAGGCCGGUGUGAGCAAGGUCGUUCCUGGUGUCCAUGACCGAGUCUUGACCGUCACCGGUCCUCUGUCAGGCACCGCUUCGGCCUAUGCGAUCGUUGCUAAGGGUCUGCUGGAAGGUGCCCCGCAGAUGGGCAUGGGCGGUGUCGUUUCGAACAAUGGAACCCACCCCGUUCGCCUUUUGAUCUCUCACAACCAGAUGGGCACUAUCAUCGGUCGCCAGGGUCUGAAGAUCAAGCAUAUCCAGGAUGCGUCUGGUGUGCGAAUGGUCGCCCAGAAGGAAAUGCUCCCUCAGUCUACAGAGCGUAUUGUGGAGGUGCAGGGCACCCCCGAAGGCAUCGAGAAGGCUGUUUGGGAGAUCGGCAAGUGCCUCAUUGAUGACUGGCAGCGCGGUACCGGGACUGUCCUCUACAACCCUGCUGUUCGUGCGUCUCUCGGUGGCUCGCAGCCCAUCCAGAGCAGCCCAGCCAGCGGCAAUGGUUACACCAGCCGUCAGUACAAUCGUACCGGCAAUGGUGCUGAUUUCAGUGACAACGGUGGCUACAACCGACGAUCCUCGGACGCUGGUGCUCGUGGAUACCCCAUGGUCACCGAAGAUGGCGAGGAAAUUCAGACCCAAAACAUCAGCAUCCCCGCUGACAUGGUCGGAUGCAUCAUCGGUCGCGCUGGUAGCAAGAUCACCGAGAUCCGUCGAAGCUCCGGAGCCCGCAUCUCGAUCGCCAAGGCUCCCCACGAUGAGACCGGCGAGCGCAUGUUCACCAUCAUGGGAUCCGCUCAGGCCAACGAGAAGGCUCUUUACCUCCUUUAUGAGAACCUCGAAGCCGAGAAGACUCGCCGCAGCCAGCUUCCUCAGGAGUAA